AUGUGCAACCCUCCAAGACAUCAAUCAACCGCUUCCACAUCCAGCUCUCCAGGGAUAGGACCAGGAGUUGGGACCGGCACCAUCACAGCGGCCGUUCGAGCCCUCAUUCCUGCACAUCCAGUCUGCACCGAAGCUCUCGCGGUCGCCAAAUCCAUCCUGCCAGCUUCCAUCCUGUAUCACAGUCUCAGAGUGUAUUUCUACGCUACGGCCUUUAUGCGUCUUUUUGAGGAUCUCCUUCCACCAGACGCACAUCAUGCCCCUUCGAUCCGAUCGACCAUGGCCAGCGAAUAUGACAAUCCCACACCUAGUUGCACACCGCGAGCAGCACCCCAUGUCUUGUUUGUAGCCUGCAUCCUCCACGACAUUGGCACUGCCUCGACCUAUAACGACGUGCCAGAGAGAUUCGAGGUUGUCUCGGCCGAUGUUGCUGAAAACCUACUCCGAGCACACGGCAUCCCCGAGAAGGAGGUCCGAGACGCGUGGCUCGCCAUGUCGUUGCAUACCUCUCCCGGGAUCGCAGAGCGGCUGGGAGGGACGGUCCGAGCCCUUCGAUUGGGCGUCCGGGCAGAUUUUGGAAGCUACCCGCCGCCGCCGCCGCAAUUAAUCGACACCUGGGCUGAUGUGAUACGCUGGCAGUUACCAAGGCUCGAAAUUGAGAAGGAACUGGGAGAUACAGUCUGUGAACAGGGCAUCCAGAAUCCUCAGAAGGCUCCGGGAGGAAGCUGGCCGGGUGAUCUAGUGAGGGCGAAGAGGGAUAACCCAGACUGGGAAGGGGUGAAUCGGGGAUUCUGA